AAUUUCAUUGUCCAGCAGCUGAAUGAAUCAUUUUCUUAUUUUGUGGGGCUCUCUGAUCCACAAGGUGAUGGUAGUUGGCAAUGGAUUGAUCAUACACCUUUCAAAAAAAAUGUCAGAUUCUGGCACCCAAAUGAACCCAAUUUCUCUGAAGAGCGAUGUGCUUCAAUAGUUUUCUGGAAUCCUGGAAGAUGGGGCUGGAAUGAUGUUUUUUGUGAUACGAAUCGGAAUUCAAUAUGUGAGAUGAAGAAGAUUUACCUAUGA